UAUAUAUAGGGAAUGGCCAAAGCAUCUCUCAUAGUUCACUUUCCAAGUCAGCUGAAGGCAAGAGGAAGCGCUAGAGAAAGCCCCCUUCCGUGUGUCUGUGACGUUUAUGGACUUGGCUUGCUAGAGGGCUCAAGGAGAUGAUAGCAGGAAUGAAAAUCCAGCUGGUAUGCAUGAUACUUCUGGCUUUCAGCUCUUGGAGUCUGUGCUCAGAUUCAGAAGAGGAAAUGAAAGCAUUAGAAGCAGAUUUAUUGACCAAUGUGCAUACAUCAAAGAUCAGUAAAGCAAGCGUUUCUUCUUGGAAAAUGACCCUGCUAAAUGUUUGCAGUUUUGUAAAUAACCUGAACAACCAAGCUGAGGAAACAGGAGAGUUUCCUGAAGAGGAGCUUGUUACAAGAAGGAAAUUUCCCGCUGCCUUAGAUGGCUUUAGCUUGGAAGCAAUGCUGACAAUAUACCAGCUCCAAAAAAUCUGUCACAGCAGGGCCUUUCAACAAUGGGAGUUAAUUCAGGAAGAUGUUCUUGAUGCUGGAAAUGACAAAAAUGAAAAGGAAGAAGUUAUAAAGAGAAAAAUCCCUUACAUUCUGAAACGGCAGCUGUAUGAGAAUAAACCCAGAAGACCCUACAUACUCAAAAGAGGUUCUUACUACUACUGAGAGGAUAAAUAUUUCAUUUACAUGUGAUUGUGAUUGAUCAUCCUUUAAUUAAAUAUCAAAUUAUAUUUGUGUGGUAAUGUGACAGAACACAAUUAUUGUGUCUCUUCUGCAGUUGUGGUUUAUUGGUUGUGAUUUUUCUGCAUUAAUAUAAAUUGGACUAAAUGUUUUAAAAUAAAUCUAGAUCUUGAG